CAAAGGAAUCGAUCUGAUAACUGAUUAUAAAUGACAUGUGUUUAAACUAGGUUAGCUUUACAGUUAAUAAAAAUUAACAUUUGCUGAUUAUUUACAAUAUUGUAUUAACGCUCAAAUGUAUUAACAGAAAACAUGUCAGGUCCUGCUGUAAGUAAAGCGGGUCUACCAGUGCCGAGAGCAACGAAAAUAAUUAGGUUCAUGAGAAAAGGUUGUACUAACAGGCCCUUUUAUCACAUUGUUGUCUCAGAUAUAAGAACUGACCAACAUGAUCCCGAAAUAGAACAAGUUGGAACGCACGAUCCGUUUCCAAAUGAAAAUAAUGAAAAACUUACUUCUUUAAACUUUGAGAGAAUAAGGUACUGGUUAUCGAAUGGGGCUACAGCUUCAAAUCCUGUCCUCGAGCUGUUGGGUCUUGCAGGAUUUUAUCCAAUACAUCCAAGAAGUUAUAUGACUGCUUGGCGCAAUAGAGAAAAGGCAAAACAAAAUGUAGAAACAGCAAGCGAAGAUAAAACUUGAUAAAUGGAGUUUAUUCAAUAUCAUUGAAUAGUAUGCAUUAAGAAUAUACAUGUAAUAUACAGAGUGUAUUAAAGUUUUAAGUAAAUUAAAA